AUGGCGCGACGCGGCAUUCUUCUUUGGAGCGUGACGUGUUUGGCCCUGUGGAACGUUUGCUUCGUGAACUUGCCACGCUCCCAGCGAGAGCCCCUAGUGCUCCGCGGAGACAAGGAAACCCGAGCCAGAGGAAAUGCGCGGCGUGGACACUUUCAGAGGCAGAACGUCCGCAUGGUGGAGAUCGAGGGGAAGAUGAUGCCGCAGCAGUUCCUCACGGCCCUGGCGCCCGAAGAGUCGGACACGCCCUGGAGCGUGCGACAAGCACCCGGUGGCGAACUCAGCGUGACCUUUACGAAGAAACCCUAUGGCAUUGUCCGUUGGCAGCCCGGGCAGGACUUUAAGGGAGCCAUGGUCAAAGCAGUGGCCAAGCCCGUCUACAUCAAUGAUCCGCUAGGACAAGCCGAAACCGCUGGGAUCAAGCCUGGCAUGGUGGUGAAGAAGAUCAACGGUGCGGACGUGAUGUCCGAGGACUUUGAUGUCAUCAUGAAGAAGCUGGGCGAUGAUGCUUUGGGCUUCUCCCAAUUUGUGCAGCUCCCAGAUUUGGGUGCGGAGCUGAGAGCUGGAGAGCUGAGAGCUGCGAUUGAAAACAACUUGUCCGUGAUCGUGCGAGCGCUCUCGUCGGCUUCGAUGGCCAAGCCACCGGAGAAAGACGAGAAGAUCGCGCGGAUACAGGGCGACGGUGAUAACGCGGAUGCCGAUGUGGAUGGGGCGGAUGUGCCCUCAGAUGAGCCUGAGCCGGAUCGAACUCCCACUGUCGGGAGGCGGCCGUCCGGAGGAGAGGAACUGGUGGACUCCUACUUUCCCGGAACCCCCUCGAUGAGGCACAAGACCGAGCGCUCAGAUCGCUUCUCGGUGUUGUCAGUGCAGUAUAGCCUGAAUUUCGAGUCGCAUGCCAUGCGCGAUGCACUUCCGCCACUUCUCGUGGUGUUUGCCGUGUGCAUCGCGGCUUUGCUGGGCUUGGUGGUUGCGGGGCUGCAUGACAUGAUCAAAUACGUUGGAUGCCCAUUGGGCAUCAAUGGCUGCAAUAGCAUCUGGAAGGCCCCCCCAGCUUCCCAGAAUUCUGAGAGCAUCGAUUCGGCUCCUUCUCCGAGCUUUUCGGGCUAUGAGGACAAAGGCUAUUUUCUGGUGCGUGCGCUAGAGAAGUAUGUGCCAGAAGAUGUCGUGCAUGUGGGGAUGGCUGCUUGGCAAGAAGGUUGGCAGAGUAGCUGA